AAGAUAGAGAAAUUUCACAAUUACUUUCCUCAUAACAAAUUCUAAAUACUAGAGUUACCUGAUCUGGUAUACGAGGAAUUGAAACAGAAUUGGAGAAGUUACUAUUAUCCAACUGUCAGAUGUAGUAGUAGUUGAUAUGGACGUACCAUUGAUGAUGAUGAAAAAGAGGAAGAUAUGUGAUACUUAUACACCGGGAAAUGUAGUUUCUCCGGUGGCGAGUUCUGAGAAUUAUGAAUCGGACGGGAGUUCAAUGUCUUGUUGUUCAAGGAACGGAUCAAGCAACUCGAAAUCACUAGAUCUGGAUGCCAACGGUGGGGAAGUUGCAGACAAAGAGAAGAAGACGAUUGAAGAAGAAGAAUCCGAGUCGGAGAAAAUGCCUCCACUAGAAGAAUUCGAUGAAGUAGAAUUGAAUGAAAUGCCUCCACUAGAAGAAUUCGGUGAAGUAGAAUUGAACGAAAUAAUUCCGACUACAGAAGAAAUUGAAGAGUUUUUUACAAGAUGCGAACUAAGGACAUGUAAACGCCUUCGAGAAAAACGACUUCGAGAAAAGUACAACUUCGACUUUGAGAAAGAGGAACCAUUGGAAGGUCGUUUCGAGUGGGUCAAAAUAUGAAAAAUGAAAUUCUAAAAGAUGAAGGUCGAGGAUUUCUUAUUAAUAAUUGGUAGCACUAGCUAGGCUAGCUAGACUGCUUAGAAUAACUUAAUUAUCUAAUUUAAUUUAAUCUAUGGCAGUACAUUAAUUGAUUAGUUCUAGUAAGUUUUAGGUGGUCAUUGUUUUCCUUUUCUUUUAAGAUAAGAUAUGAUCUAAUGCACUUACAUUCUUCUUUAAUAAAGAGUACAUAUUUCCUCUA